AUGUGGCGCUUGGCGGCAGUUGUCGGCUUGGCUUACGCCUGCGAGGAGGAGGAUUGCCUGGUGCUGCUGCAGCAGCGCAGCAAGAGCGUCCGCGGCUUUUCCUCCUUGUCGCCAGACCCCGCGGUGUUGCGAUGGCACGGGACGCCCUCAGCCGGCGGCCUGUCUGAGGGCACCCUGAAGGUGCCCAUGGACUUUCAAGACGGCGACAGCCCUCAGCUGGAGCUUCCAGUGGCCAUGCGCUUCGCAGCCACACAGCCCGCGCCCCAAGGCGUGCUGCUGGUGCAUUGCGGCGGUCCUGGCUCCGACAAGAGCUGCGUGAGGUACACUUGGGGGGAUCACCUGGAGGGCUAUGACGUGUGGUCCAUCACCCAGCGGGGCAUGGGAUCUGCCAGCCCCACGCUGAACUGCGACAACUCUCGGCUGCCCGAGCGGUGUCCCGAAGCCGGCUGCCGCGUGAGCGACUUCACGGACUGCCCCUGCGCCUUGCCGGACGGCAUGCCGCAGCUGGGCGAGAUCUGGGCGGACGUGGACCCGCGGAACGCCUCCCAGGUGGAGAACCUGUUUGAGAAGCGGGACGAGUGGGGGCCGCGCUGCGCGGCAUCCGCAAAGUUUCAGCUGAAGGGCAAGAAUGGCAAGACUUACAACUUCCUGAGCUACGUGGGCACCCAGUUCCUGGCCUACGAUAUCGACUUCUUCCGCCGCGCGGUGGGCGCGGACUUGAUGAACGUCUACGGCUACAGCUACGGCACCUACGUGGGUGGCGUCUACGCCUCGGUCUUCAGCGAGUACUCGGGCCGGGUGGUGCUGGACGGGGAUAUGGAGGCCUCCCCGAGGAAGGACGUCCAGGCGCUGGGGGACGCCCGGGCCAACGAUAAGUUCGUGGCCCUGCUGAUGAACACCUGCAAGUCGACAACUGGCUGCCCCCUGACAGAUCCCUUGGCCCAGUACGACGCCGUGGUGGCGAAGGCGCGCCAAAACGAGUUGACGGCGCCCACGAAGUCCGGGAAGCAAUUCCCGCUGAGCGUGGGCUUGCUGAUGGCCUACAUCCAGGCGGAGUCUAUCUCCAACUCGGGCCGCAACUUCCCCAGGGUGCUGCACACGCUGUCCCAGCUGGCGUCCGAAGAACAGUCCCAGAGGCAGCGUGCUGUUGCCUUCAUCCUGGAUGGCUUCUGCUUUGUCAAGGGCUACAGCACUUGGUACUACUACGACAUUUGCGUAGGCCCGGGGCACACCAACGAGAACGAGGAGUCCUCCGGAGUGUCCUUCGCGGACCCGUACCUGGAGCAGUGUGCUGUGUGGGGCUUGGACUUGGCGGGCUACUACGACCUCCCGGAUCUCAUGCGGCAGUGGCGCACGCUGGAGCCGGCCUGGGGGGACGCUGGGCUGGCGGCCGCGGUGGGAGACAUGGCCGGGUACUUCCUCUGGCCCAUGAAGGCGACGCCUACUGCGCCAAUGGGUAGCUCCACAGUGCAGGUGUUGGUCAUCGGGAACUUGUUCGACACCGCCACCAGCUACAGCUGGGCGCAGGACAUGAAGCGCGCCUUCCCCGAAGGCUCCUUGAUCACCUGGCAGGGCAUGGGCCACACCUUCCCCAGCCGCGCCACGGACUACAACCGCGCCGCCAUCAAGCGCUGCUGGCAGCAUGUGGUGGACUACCUGCAGCCCCUCGUCCGCUAUGAGAUCGCCCUGGAGAACCUGAGGCGUCGGCGCUCGGACGCGCUGCGGUGGCGAAAGAGAACCAUCAGCGACAAUGCUGGCGUUGUGCGCGUGCACAAGAUCCUGCGCCGUGCUUCGUUCCGCUACAAGGGCGAUGUCCGCAUGUGGUACCAACACCUGGACUUCUGCCUGCGCAGCGGCAGCAGCAGAGUACUAACGCAUGUGCUUAUGAGCGCGCUGAAGUACCACCCCCAGGAGGUGUCUCUGUGGUUGCUUUCCGCCGAUCGGGAGCUCCAGCAAGGCCACGUGGACGCCGCGCGGAAGCUCCUCUUCCGUGGGCUCCGGUGUGCACCCAGCUCGGUGAAGCUCCUGGUGGAGUUUCUGCGCCUUGAGCUGGGCGUGGCGGGCCAGAUUCUGCAGGUGCGGCAGCUGGACGCGGAAGCCGGGCUCGUGGAGGCGAAAGUAGAGCCUGAUGUGAAAGAUGUUUGGGGCCCGGCCAAGCUGCUCUUCCGCAAGGCUGUGGCCAAGCUGGCAGGCGAUGUGGUGGACACUGCGACGUUCCUGCGCGCCAGCGCGGAGCUGAAGAGAGGGGCGAGCAAGUGGUCCCACACCGACGGCUUUCAGGAGUGGGCGGACAUGCUGCGGGAGGCUGCUGCCAGCAAGCGGCCGGGGGUGGAUGGCGCCGCUGACGAUCAGGUGCCGCCGGAAGCUGCAGCGGCCAUUUGGGAAGUUUGGUGGACGCAGGAGUUGGAGGCAGGCACUGCCUGGCCGCAGCUUGCCAAGUCCGUAGCGGCCUGCGGCGUCGGCCGCGUGCUGGCGCGAUGUGCGCAGGUGAUGCAGUCGCAGCUUGAGGCUUCAGAGCUCGGGCCGCUGCAGAAGCUGGCCGAGGCAAAUGCCACCUCCGCGGACCCCGAAACGGCGCUGACCAUGUUGGAGGUGCUGUCCUCGGUGCCCUCGAAGAAGCUCCAGGCCGCCUAUGACGCCCUGCGCAGCAAGGCCGCGGACCGGCACCCGCAACACCUGCGCCUGGCAUUGCUGGCCGGCAAAGAGGCGAUCGCCUUCGCUGAUGCGAGUGCGGCCGACGCCUGCCUGGCCUUGAGCCACCAGGCGCCCAACUCCGCCGAGCGCCUCGUGGCUUUGCUGAGAUCUCUCGCGCCUGGAGAGGAUGUGGGAAGGUUGGUUACCACGCUGCUUGCAGAGAAAGCCGCGGUCGGGGAAGCCAAUGCCGCUUGCCAAGAGGUCCGAGUGCUCGCGGAGAACCUGUGGGAUGUGCCGCAGGUGAGACACCAGGUGCUUGCGGCGGUGCUGGAAGCCGAGCUGCGGAUGAUGUCCGACCCCGCCAAAGAGGCCAAGAAGAUCUCCCGGGGCUUCGAGGAGCUCUUGGGCUCCACGCCCCAGGCACUGGAGCUGUGGCUUCGAUACCUGGAGUUCUCGCAUCAAGUCAGCCACCUCAACACGGGCGUGCCGCAGGUGGCGGAGCUUCACUGGCGCGCGCUGCGGGCCGUGCAGGACCAGGCGCAGUACCGGGAGCAGGCCCAGAAGCUGCUGCAAGGCGGAGCCAUGGGAAAGACUUUCCUCUUGGGUUGCGAGGGGUAG